UAUUUCCCCAGGGACAACAAACAUCGAUCUGUACCUUUACAGACGGUACAGAGCGGAACAUUUUCUUUUUCACGCAAUAUAAUCUUUUUUCCUGGGAAACAAAUUAAAAACUUACUGACCAUCCACGUUGGCAGAAUGAAUUUGUUUUUUUCCAUAUUUGGUUUCUUUGUUGAUUGGGAUUUAAAGAGUCUGCUGCUGUUUGCAGUUGUUUUCAUCAUCACUGCGGAUUAUGUUAAAAACCGUCGACCACUUGGUUUCCCUCCAGGACCCAGAGCUCUACCAAUUGUUGGAAACAUAUUUACAUGGGACCAAAACAGGCCCCACGAGAAGCUGAUUGAGUUGGCAAGGACUUAUGGAGAUGUAUACAGUCUAAGAUUUGGUCAGCAAUGGGUAGUGGUGUUAAAUGGAUUUGAUGCUAUGAAGGAGGGUUUGGUUGUAAAUGGAGACAGCAUGGUGGACCGCCCAGUUCUUGCUUUGCAGGAUGAAAUAACAGGCGGAUUAGGUGUUAUAUUCAGUAAUGGAAACAUCUGGAAACAGCAGAGACGCUUUGCUCUUUCAACCCUCAAAUACUUUGGGUUCGGGAAGAAGUCUCUUGAGCCUGUCAUCCUGGAUGAAUUCACACAUUGCGCGGAAGAGAUCCGAGCCUAUAAAGGAAAGCCUGUCAAUCCACAUCUCAUCAUCAACAAUGCCGUUUCCAACAUCAUCUGUCAACUGGUCUUUGGUCACCGCUUUGAGUACGGGGAUGAGAAGUUCAUGAAACUGAUGCUGCUGUUUGACCAGGCACUCCAUAUUCAAACUUCUACUUGGGCACAGCUCUACAAUUCCUUUAAUCUGCUGAUGAGAUUGUUGCCAGGUCCACAUCAGACCGUCAAACAGAUCUGGUACGAUGUGAAGAAGUUCAUACGAGAAGAGCUGAACCAGCACAAGAAGAACUGGGAUCCUUCAAACAGCAAAGAUUACAUUGACUGCUACCUGCAGGAGAUUGAAACGAAUAAAGCGCAGAAUGACAACACAUUUGAUGAAGAAAAUUUGAUCAUGUGUGUCCUGGAUCUGUUUGUGGCUGGAUCAGAAACCACAUCCACCACCCUGAGAUGGGCAUUUCUCUUCAUGGCUAAACACCCUGAAAUCCAAGAAAAGGUCCAAGCAGAGAUAGACAGAGUAAUUGGACAGUCCAGACAGCCGUCUAUGGAGGAUCGUGCCAACCUUCCCUACACAGAUGCCGUAAUCCACGAGAUCCUUAGGAUGGGCAACAUAACCCCUCUUGCCUUGCCACACUCUACCAACAAAGAAGUCCAGCUAGGAGGUUACACCAUCCCAAAGGAAGUGCUGAUAAUCCCAAAUAUAGCUUCAGUGCUGUUUGAUAGGAAAGAAUGGGAAACACCUUUCACCUUUAACCCGUCACACUUCCUGAAUGAGAAGGGCAAGUUUGCAAAAAAAACAUCUUUCAUCCCUUUCUCUGCUGGAAAGCGUCUGUGUCUGGGAGAAAACCUGGCCAGGAUGGAACUUUUCCUCUUUUUCACGUCCUUCAUGCAGCACUUCACUUUCUCAAUGCCGGCUGGAGUAAAAGUUGUGAUGGAUUACCGCGCAGGCGUCACUCUGGCACCAAAACCAUAUAAAAUCUGCAUAACACCACGCUAAGACCAACGUUUUCAUUAUUUUAAAGAAACACAGGAGCAAAAAACAUACCUGCCAUGCGUUUCUGACCACAAACAUCUCUACACGAGUCAGGUGGACAGUAACCAAUUUCUGCUGUUUAAAUGCAUACUGUGAAAUUUGUUUUUUUUUUCAAUUGUGAACACUUCUACAUAAUUGCAGAUUUUGUUUAGAAGAGUGUCUUACAGAAAAAAAUACCUAGAAAAAACAAUUUCAGGUAGUUUUGGGAGAGCGAUCAAGCCAUUUCGCAAUGAUUUGGUGUUCAUCAUUCAGCAAACAAGCACAAUGAUUGACAUACUGAAAAUCGAAAAAACAUUUUUAAUCUUUCAAUGUGUGAAUACAAAUUCCUCCAGAAUUGGGAGAAAAUGCAAAACAAACCAAUAACUACACCUAGGCAUUUAGAGGCCACAAACAAGUUUUCAGUUAAAAAAUAAUAAAAACAGACGUUUUAUGAUUGCAUAGGUGUAAAAAAAAAAAAAAAAAAAAAAAAAAAAAUGAACAUGUAUGUUUCAGAGAGAGACGAUCUAAAGUGAAGGAGAACCUCAUCAGCAUUUUUCAGAAAAAUUAAUAGGAACAUUGCUGUAUUGACUAUUUGUCCCAAAAACUUAAUUCCAAAAUCGAAAAAAUUCAAAUCUCAAAGGUGAUCAAAGCAAAAUGAAAUAAACUCAAACAGUCAAUACUGUGCAUCAUGGGUUCUGGUUUACGCAGUCCAA